AUGAAAACUUGCUUCUAUGAAGUGUUAGGUGUAGACAGCACUGCAACUUAGAAAGACAUAGAGAGAGGAUAUAAGAAAUCAGCAUUGAAAUGGCAUCCAGACAAGAAUAAGGAUGAAGACACCACAGCUAAGUUUUAGGCAGUCAGUGAAGCUUAUACUGUUUUGUCAGAUCCCAAUGAGCGUGCUUGGUACGAUUCGCAUAAAGAUCAAAUCCUGAGAGGCAAAGAUGUUGAGGAGACUAAAGAAGAAGAUUUUUCUUAUAUCACUAAGUCAAAACUCUGGCCCUUCUUCAACUAAUCCUGCUAUAGUGGCUAUGAUAAGAAGAAGGAAAAUAAUUUCUAUAAGGUAUAUGCAGAUUUGUUUAGACAACUUGAUAAAGAAGAAGAACAGGAGGAAGAAGUAGGAUCUGAUCAUUAUGAUGCAGCAUGGUUUGGAGAUCAAGACUCUACUGCGGAAGAAGUGUUUAGGUUUUACAAUGACUGGGAGAAUUUCUCAACUCUUAAACAAUUUGAAUAUGCAGAUAAGUACAACCCAAAUCAAGCUCCUAAUAGAUAAGUAAAGAGACUUAUUGAAACUGAAAACAAGAAGGAAAGAUCAAAGGAGAAAAAGGAGUUCAAUGAUUUAGUCAUUUAGCUUGUCGAAUAUGUUAAGAAGCGUGAUCAAAGAUAUUAAAAAUUCAAGAUGUAGGAGCAAAGAGAAAAAGAAAUGAAGAGGCAGUAAUAGGAAGAUGAGAAAAAUCGCAAAAGAUUAGAGGAGUAGGAGAGACUUAGGUAAUAUAGAGAAGAAAUUGCCAAGCGAUAUGCUGAAGAAGAGGAAGAAGCAUUAGCUAAUGGAGACUUUGAAGAAGUGAUAGUUAAUGAGUUCAAUUGCAAUGUGUGCAAGAAGACUUUCAAGAAUGAAAAGCAACUAUAAAAUCAUCUGCAGUCUAAGAAGCACAAGGAUAAUUACAAUAAAUUCAAGGAUGAGGUUAAAAUGGAUGAUGAAACAGAAAAAAUUAUCCAGGAGGAAUAGGAAAGAUUAAAGAAAUAAUUAGAGGAUGAGUAGAAAAAGAAAAAGGAAGAAGAGCUUAAUGAAUAUGAAAACAGUAAAAAGAAAAAAACCAGGAAAAAUAAAGGAAAGGAUAGUGAUGAGGAAGAGAAAAAAGAAGGAGAUGAGGAGGAAGAGGAAAAGUUAGAAUAACUAACUGAGGAAUAAAAAUAAUUGUUGCUUUUAAAAGAGUAGUCAUAAGAGGAAGAGGGGUAUGUGAGUAAAAAUAAGUUAAAGAAAAUGGGGAAAGAAUAGAAGGGUAGCAAGAAAAAUGUGCCGUAAUCAAGCAAACAAACAUUUAAGGAUCAAUUUUUAAAGUUGGACAAAAAGGAGUAGAAUAUACUAAUUGAUAAGCUUGAAAGCUUGCAAGACAAGGGUGGCAAAUAACUAGCUAAGCCCCAAUAAAAAAAGAAGAAGCAGGACAGUGAUGAUGAAGAGUAAGAAUAUAUAAAGAAACAACUGUUAAAAAAAGCAUAAAAGGGGAAAAAGAAGGGCAAGAAUGAAGAAUAUGAUGAUGAUGACUUCAUUAAACCUUAGUAAAAAGAAUAGAUCAAAUAGCAAACUAAAUCUAAAAAUGAUGAGACCAAGUAAUCUAAGAAAUAGAAAGAAAAUUAUGAUGAUAGCACAAAGCUAAAAGAAGAAAGUGCAAAAAUACCUAAUAUUGAUCAAGAAGAAAUAAAGACUUAGGAAUAAAUUCCUCAAGAAGAAGAGAAAACCUAGAUUGUUAAAGAAGAAUAAUUAAUAUAGAAUGAAACACAAAACGAAGAUCUAAAUAAUGACGAGAAUGACGAUGAGGAUGAGGACCAAUAAGAAACUUCUAAGAAAAGUAAGAGAGAAAAAAGAAAAGAGAAGAAGUCUAAAAAGGUUGUUGAAGAAAAGGAGUAAGAUAUAAGUCUAAAGUGCAAUAUUUGCAAGGAAACCUUUGACACUAGAAACAAGCUAUUCACACAUAUUAAAAAGACUGGACAUGCAAGAGCUGUGUGA